CCAACCGCUACCAACUUCAAAUUUCUUUCUUUUUUGACGUGCACUUUGUAAAAGCGCUUCAAGAUGACUAUCCGACCAGCAUACAGGCCAAAAAUUGUAAAGAAGCGUACAAAGCACUUCAUUCGUCAUCAGUCUGACCGCUAUUCCAAGCUUUCUGCAAAAUGGCGUAAACCAAAAGGUAUUGACAACAGAGUCCGUCGUCGUUUCAAGGGACAAUACUUGAUGCCAAACAUUGGUUAUGGUUCAAACCAACGUACCCGCCAUAUGUUGCCCACUGGCUUCAAAAAAUUCCUCGUCCACAACGUCAAGGAACUCGAAGUUCUGAUGAUGCAAAACCGUGUGUACUGCGGCGAGAUCGCCCAUGGUGUGUCCUCAAAGAAACGCAAGGAAAUCGUUGAGCGCGCCAAGCAAUUGGCUAUUCGUUUAACGAACCCCAAUGGUCGUCUACGUUCGCAAGAAAACGAAUAAGCUAUAUAUUAAGAUUUCCUGUUUUUUUAUUUUUUUGAGAAUAGUUCAUGUACAUCUAAAAUAUUGCUCGGUAAUACAAGAUGAAGAAACAAAUUUCUAAAACAAAA